AUGUCUUCACUGCGUUCACAGCUUCCGUUCUGGGAGCUCCUGCUCCUAGCCUUCACUUUCGGCCUACCGCCGCUCAGUUCCGGCGCGACACCAUUUGACAGUAAACCGGAUUUCAUCAAGACGUGCCGAUUCGACGACAGCAAUUUCAUACCCUGCUCAACCGAGUCCGUUCAGGGAUUGUUCGAUAAACUCGUCACGGGUAUCGAAGGGCUUGAGCACGUGGGCACGAUCGAUCCGAUGAAGAUCAGCAAAAUCCGCAUCUUGCAAGGCGACGGUCCGGUCAGUGUCAACGCGUCACUCUCGAAGGUGAUAGUGACCGGCUUCGCCAGUACCAAAGUGGUACGCAACGUGGUCAGCAAUAAGGACUUCGGCUGGGAGACCCACAUUCGGUUGCCGAAGAUGCGGCUAGAGGGCAACUACCAUAUGCAGGGUCGCAUACUGGUGAUACCACUGAACGGGCACGGCAAGUGCUGGUUCGAGCCAAGUGGGAUGGACAUCAAAAUGCGCACGACCACCGCCCUGUACCAGAAGAAUGGCCACGUCUUCUACAACGUCACCGCCACCAAGGUGGACUACACCAUCUCCGGUCUCCGGCUGCACAUGGGCAACCUGUUCGAGGGCGUGAAGGUGCUGGAGGACAGCACCAACCAGUACCUGAACGACAACUGGCGUCCCGUGUCCGAGGCGCUCAAGCCCAUCAUCGCCAAGACGAUCGAGGACAUCCUGCUCGCGAUCAUGCAGAACAUCUUCCACCAAAUUCCUGCCGACUACUUCGUCGAAGAUCUACCGCGGAUUAACUAGAACAACAUUGCACCAUUGGUCGUUACAGUACAAGUGUCCCAACAGUGGUCGUGAACAACGGAGAGGAAUGUUGGAUCAACGGAACCCACACCUGCAAUUCGAAAGCCUACUUUCACCUUAGUGUACAUAUCAUUUAUGUUUAUCAUUUAAAUAAGCAACCACAAAAAGGCAUACCAUAUAGAUAAACAAAUCGAUUUAGGUCCAAAUUAUGUUUUUCAGUUAGAUAAAGAUCGUUA